UCAGGUUUUGAAGCUGAUUCUCAGAGCUCUGCUCCCUCAGCAUCAUGCCCUACAACACCUGCCUGCCCAACCUGAGCUGCCGCACCAGCUGCUCCUCCCGGCCUUGCGUGCCCCCCAGCUGCCACGGCUGCACCCUUCCCGGGGCCUGCAACAUCCCCGCCAAUGUGGGCAACUGCAACUGGUUCUGCGAGGGCUCCUUCAACGGCAGCGAGAAGGAGACCAUGCAGUUCCUGAACGACCGCCUGGCCAGCUACCUGGAGAAGGUGCGGGAGCUGGAGCGGGAGAAUGCGGAGCUGGAGAGGCAGAUCCAGGAGCGGAACCAGCAGCAGGAGCCCCUGCUGUGCUCCAGCUACCAGUCCUACUUCCGCACCAUCGAGGAGCUGCAGCAGAAGACCCUGUGCAACAAGUCUGAGAACGCCCGGAUGGUGGUGAAGAUCGACAAUGCCAAGCUGGCCGCUGACGACUUCAGGACCAAGUACGAGACGGAGCUGUCCCUGCGGCAGCUGGUGGAGGCCGACAUCAACAGCCUGCGCAGGAUCCUGGACGAGCUCACCCUGUGCAGGUCCGACCUGGAGGCGCAGGUGGAGUCGCUGAAGGAGGAGCUGAUCAGCCUCAAGCAGAACCACGAACAGGAAGUCAACACCCUGCGCUGCCAGCUCGGGGACCGCCUCAACGUGGAGGUGGACGCUGCGCCCUCCGUGGACCUGAACCGCGUGCUCAACGAAGUCAGGAGCACCUACGAGGCCGUGGUGGAGACCAACCGCAGGGAGGUGGAAGAGUGGUACACCACACAGAUCAACACGUACCGGGGGCUGCUGGAGAGCGAGGACUGCAAGUGA